AUGUCAUCCAGCGGGCCACCCGGAGCCACGCUGCUUCAAGCAGGAAGCAGAGCUCGGGGCACAAGCACGCGUCAUCCACGUCAAUCAUCCGGUGUAUACAGCACAUUUUCAGCCAAACAGAUUCACGGAUUCAGAGAAGCUUUUUCCAUGCUGGACGACUCGUCGUCGGAUGGGUUUUUGGAUGCCAACGAUCUGAAAAGGGUGUUGGGAGAUUUGGGAAUGAGAAACGAGGAAGAGGAUGUGAGGAAAUUGCUAAGCAGCGCUAAUACCGAUGCGCAAGGAAGGAUCAACUUUACGCAAUUCUUGACCAUGUUUGGAGAACAUUUGGAUGAGGUGAGUGGGGCAUGCUGGAUGUUCUGCGGGAUGAAGGCGUUCGGUGCAAUCGACCCAUGCAAGCAAGGGUGCUCACAUUGUGAAACUUCCUUCCCAUAUCCAGCUUGACGAGGCUUCUGACCUCUUGUCGGCUUUCGAGUGCUUUGACGAGAGGGAUGAAGGUAGCAUAGAGAGUGGGGAGCUCAGAUAUUGGCUAGCAGAAGUGGGGGACAAGAUGACGGACGAAGAGGUGAGUCUUCCAUGUCCGAUAAGGCGGGUAGCAAGCGGGGAUAGUCCAGGUUCAUCUCGCGAGACGACCCGUUCGAAGAAGCGCAGCUCUGGGCCCGACUGCGGGCGACUACGAUGGCGUCUGCCAGGCGUAUGGACAUGGGUGUCCUUCGAGGCUGAGCGCAUCGCGUGGCCGCAAUCAUGCUCUUCUUCAUCCUGCGUUCAGCGUCCCAGAGAAGCGUUGCCGAGAAUCAACAAGACGAUGUGGCGAGAUGUCGAAGCUGACAGCCAUCGCUUGCUCCAUCAGAUCGACCGUCUCAUCUCCGGUCCAUUUUUGGAUCGCGCAGGACGCAAGUUUGACUACAAAGCUUGUGAGUGAACCUUCGAGAUGAGGCGCACUAGCAUCAGAGGUGGCCAUCAUUCGCAUACAAGCGCAUGCGAGCAGCCUGCGAGCAGCCCAGCACUCUGAGGAGACAUCCCACUGAGGUGCCGACUGACAAUGCCUGCCUCCUCUCGACCAUCGCCGCGUUGCAGUUGUGGAAGCUGUCAAGAUGAGCGAGCCCGCCGCUUUGGAGAUGCAGAGCUCUGCGCCUGCUUGA